CGCGAGUGCACGGUGUCUAUAGUUAACAACGACGUAGUUCGUUCGAGAUCAUUAAGAUCGACAAUAUUGUGUUAUAGGAUUGUUUUCACCAAUAAUGAUGGCAACGGGAUCGGGAGAUAUGCGGUCCCUUGGAUCUCUUCUGGACUGGGAGGCGGAUGACCCUGGUGACAAAGUGAUCCUCGGCAGGCUGGUACGCCUAAUUACAGCACACCUCCCGGACGGCUGGCAAGAGUGGAAGGUUCAUACAUACACCAGAGAAGACCUGCUGGGGAGCGAACUGGACCCGCAAAUUUUAAAUAAAAUCAGGUUUGCCAUCCCAACAGUAGGUCUGGCACGGGCGUUCUCACCGAACUGUUCCUCUCUUUCUGAGAGAACCUACAGAGACAUAAAACUCAAGCUACUAGAGUGGCCCUUGUGUGUGGGGUUAAUUACCGGCCCUGCCUCACUAGCAGCGCGAAUACGGGGUUCCGCAGUACAGAAUGAAUUGGUUGUCGCUGCUCUGGCAGACAUGAAACCCCUACUGAUCGGCAGGGAGGAGGCUAACCACGAGUUAUCCAGCGACCCUGAAGACAACGGCUCUGUCUCGCAUGUUUCUCGGCGCAGCAACAGCUCUGCUCGUACAACUAAACGUCAAGACAGAUUAAGUAAGUUAGAGGAAAAUCAGGUGGCGCUAAAGGAGAUGCUGGAGUCCUUCAUGAAAAAAUUUGAAACACCAUUUGACUCACAGGAGAACUCGGCUUACGAAAGCUCAGAUGAUGACUGCGUCUCAGCUCACUGCUCAGAUGUCGACGACCCAAUAGCCCCUGAACAGGCUCCAGACGAAGCUACCCCUACGUGGGAGCCCCUUGAGGCUCCAUUAGGUUCUGAAGAAGAUUUUGACUGGUUACCCUGCACUAAGCCACAGGAUCCUGUUAUACCCAACCCAAAACCGCACAUUGCAGAGCAGGGGAUUAAAGUACUAAGACUAGGUGACACCACGUAUAACCAGAUUAGGUACGUUGAAGUACAGAAAAAAUUACACGCGGCGCCGGUUUUUGGUGCUUUAAAAGCCAACCCAAUCUUAGUCAAGCAUACGACACCUAACCCUAUGCAGGAACAACUAGGUAAAAUGGACUAUGUUCUUGGUACAAUGGUCCACGGGCUUUUGAUGCAAAGAGAUGCCUUACAUGUGGCUCUUAAGGAACUUUCAAAUAAGCAUCCUGGCCUCAAAGAGGAUCUCAAGAGUCUCCUGUCUUCUGGAUCUGCCACGAAGACUAUAUCAGACGAUCUUCUUCAAUUUGCAUGUGGUCGUAGGAAUGAAAUUAUAGAGCAGAGGAGGAACUUUCUUAUCCCCAAAGAUGAUUACCAGGCAUCGCUUCUGAAUUCGGUCCCCCCAUCAACUACUCAUCUCUUCUGUGAGUCAAAGCUCACGGAGGUUCUUAAGCUACCGCCACAACAGACUUUCUUUCGGAACCACUAUAAAAAACCGGUACAACCGAAACACCACAAUGGAGCAACCGGUUUCUCCCAGGGAAGAAUCUCCAAAAAGAAGACGUUUGUCAAGCCCAGAAGUCGUCCAUCCGAAAAAACGGGAUCUAGCUCAAGACGUUCCGACAAGAGGAAUCACUCUAAUCCCUCAUCAACCCGGGGGCGCUCGUCGAAAGGACACUCUUCGAAGAAACAUAGAAGUGCCUGA